CCUCACCAAGAUACUCAUUCUGCAUCAGUUGUGUCAUCCGUUCACAUCCAAACAUACGACAAUUUUCUGAUCGGGUCGAACAUCCAAAAAAAUCACUAUGAACACUUUGAUCGUGCUAACAGCCGUCAUCGCUGCGGUGGCAGCAGCCCCGGAAAAAGAAGUCGCCCCAAAGGCUUUCUCUUUCAACAGUGGUUUGUUCCCGUCUAACCAGGCUUACUACCCGGGACAACCAGGAUACCAAGGAUACUACCCAGGAUAUCAAGGAUACUACCCAGGAUACCAAGGUUACAACAGCGGAUUCCGUAGUGGUUACUACCCGGGAUACCAAGCUGGUUACCAAGGAUACUACCCAGGAUACCAGGGAUUCCAGGGCUACCCAGGCUAUCAAGGAUACUACCCAGGAGUCAACCGUGGUUACUACCCGGGUGCUCCCGCCGUCUCCGUCUUCCCAGCUGCUCCAGCCGCCGUCACCCCGGCUCCGAUCAUCGCUCCCGCCCCAGCCAAAAUUGCCGCUCCGGUUUACAAAGCCGUAGAUAACAAAUUGCCGGCCAUCGUUAGACAAUCGCAAGAAGUGAACUUCGACGGAAACUUCAAAUACGGAUACGAAACCGAGAACGGAAUCGUUGCCCAGGCCGCAGGAUACGUCAAGAACGCCGGAUCCGAAAACGCCGCCCAAGUGAUUGAGGGCUCAUACGCCUACAUCGGUGACGAUGGUGCCCCAGUCGAGGUCAAGUACUACGCUGACGAAACCGGUUACCACGCAGUCGGUAACGUCGUCCCGACUACCCCCCCAGAGAUCGCCAAGUCUUUGGAACUGAUUGCUUCCCAGCCCCAGAAACCCGAAGACUCCAAAAAGAAGUAGAUAACAUUGUUUACAUUACAGGAGACUUAGGACCACCCAUAGCACAACCACUACACACGUAUACCAUUAGCUUUUAGACACUUUGCGUGCAGUCCGAUGCACGCUCCUACUAAUGCAAAUAUUGUGACAGUUGAUUUUUCCGUGUUCGCGUACAUAAUUGUCGAACACGGAUUAAUUCGCCGAGCAAACUCAGUUAUGUUGGAUGUAACGAAAAAAAAAAUAAAUAAAUAAAAAUGUGAAGUUUAA